GAAGAUGGAGAUGUUUGCAACUUCAGCUCUUAUAAUUGUGGUGGCUCACCUGGUCUUGGGCCUGCUACUAUGGUUUCGGGUCCGCAAGCUAUAUUCUUAUCCUGGUCUUCUGGGUUUCCCUGUUUUCGGAAACCUCUACUACUUCUACAAAACAAUGCUCAUAGCCUCAUUCGAAAAUAUGAGAAUCCAUUUGGUUCAAGUUGCUGAGCAAUACGGAAAAAACGGUAUAUGCUUCUGUAUUUUAUUUUGCUUCAGGAAAGUGGUUAUAAUUUCAAGUCCUCAAGUUAUGAAGCAAAUAGGAUUCCAUCCAAAUCUCAAGGAUAAACCUCCUUAUGUGUUUGAAUCAUUUCUAAAGUACACCGAUGGACCAUUUACCACACCUAGUUCUGAUGAUGUGUGGAAGAUGAAAAGGAAAGAAUACAACAACUUAUUGAAGAAAUCCAGUGUAGAAAAUAACUUUUAUAAUAUUUUCUUGAAAUCUGCUGAUAAAUUGGUCGAGUUGAUGCUGGCCACUCCAUCUACGUUGGAUAUCGAGAAGGCAGUCUUAGGUGUCACACAAAGUGUUACCAUGGAAGCCCUAUUUGGUGUUGAUGGCAGGCCAGCAUUCGAUCCUGAGAUCAUUGAUCAUAUGUAUACGUUAAAGAACAUAAUAACAUUAAUUAUAGGAAACCCAGGAAUAGCAAAGACAAUAUUAAACGGUCUUGGACCAUUUGAUGGGUUGUUAAUUAGACAAGCAGGAGCAUUAAAGAAAUUGUCGUCCCAGAUUAUGAAACAGGUACAUGUAAAGCUGAAAAGUAGCCAGCAUUUUCCUUCAGAAAAUACAAAAUCAAACUAUUCAUUAUCAAUGUACAUAGCGUCAAGAACUGAAAAAAGUAAAAAAUUUGAUCAGAAUGUGUUAACUGAAUUACAAGAAUUAUUCAUCACAUCUUCCAGUACUGUUUCUUCUACGAUGUCAUGCACAAUCAUCUGCUUAGCUGUGCUUCCUGAAAUGCAAGAAAAAGCUUGGAAGGAACAAAAUGAAAUUUUCGGCGACGAUACCAGAGAACCAUCUCUUGAAGACCUCGAAAGAAUGAUAUUCCUUGAAAGGUUUAUCAAAGAAUCCCUGAGAUUCUGUGGUCCUCCGUUAAUCGCAAAGCAUGCUGCUGAAGAUAUUAAAGUGGAUGGAGUGAUUAUACCUAAAGGCGCCAUCGUAGUUUAUAUGUUGGAUUUCAUGAGAAAGGAUCCAAAAUAUUGGAAAGAUCCAAAACUAUUUGACCCAGACCGUUUUCUUGAGGAGAACGAAUGUUUAAAUUACACUUAUGCACCAUUCGGAAUAGGUGUUCGAACUUGUCCCGGGAUGAAUUUUGCAAUGACACAGAUGAAAAUUACCUUGUCAAAAGUAUUGAGAAGAGUAAAACUUUCAACAGUCAAAAAAGACCUAAAAUUUGAAAAUCUUGAAUUUGAAGCUAUGCUACUGAUGGAAUUGAAGAACCCACCUUUUCUGAAAGUUGAGGAAAGAAUUAUGUGAAUUUAUCUUG